AUGUCGUUUCAAGCAAUCGUUAUACGGCACAGUGGUCAGUGGAAAUUAACCGAGUAUGAAGGAGGCGAUGAGGUUGUCGUGUACAUGUCUAAGGAAGACCUUUGUCAUGCGAAGUUGAUGCAAGAGGUGCACGAUCAAUUAAACGAGGAUGGUCGAUCCACUUAUAUGCUUUUCUACACAUCGACCACGGACGAAGGGCGAAAAAUAAAAGUGGCUUUGAAGACUGAUUCGGAUUUGAACCGGCUGAUUUCCGAGCAUAAGAAAUAUCCCGUUGUUUACGUGAUCGAGAAGGGCAAACAAUCUGCGGCUCCGGUUCCUCAGACUCAAGAGCGGGUAUAUUAUGAGGGACAUCGGUCUACUAUGUUUCCUAUUGAGACGGACAUUGGAAGAAGUAUCCCUACACACGAUGAUAGUAGGGAUGAUUCAUCGUCGCAGGAGGAGGAAGACGAGUCCGAGUCUUCGGAUGAGGAAGAAGAGGCGAUACGACGCAGAGAGAUAUUGGAUUCAGUGUCGACUGAACAGGAAGCGUGGAGACAGACAGGGCCUCAGAAUUUCACAUCGGAUGAUCAGCCCGAUGUCGAGCCUCGUGUUGGAGUUCAGCAGCUUGAGGCACGUGAUUGGGGGAUUCCAGUCCUCGAUUUUGACGAUGCGCCGGCAUUAGGUUGGGAGGAUUCUAACGUAUUGGAGAGCGGGAUAUUAUCAGUGGGGGCUCUAUUCCGGUCGAAGGAUGAUUUGGCAAUCGCUGUUGGCCUGUACCAUAUGGAGAAUCACGUGGAGUACGCCGUGCAUCGUUCCAGUACGACCCGUUUGUGGUUUGUUUGCAAGCAUGGCAACGGUUGUCCGUUCAUGCUGCGAGCCGUUCAGAGUGCAUCGAUCUGGAGAGUGAUCAAGGUGGUGAUGCAUCAUACCUGCCACAUGGAUUUGAAUCGCACUGCCCCGAGACAGAUUCCGGCGAGGGUUGUUGGAAGAUAUUUUGCACGGAAAUUGGUAGGCGAGGGGGUCGUUUUGAAGCCGAAGGAGAUGAUGUCAGAGAUGCAGCGCUUAUUCGGUAUUGAGAUCAAUUACAGCUUCGCUCUCCGUGCAAGAAACAUCGCGAUUGAGAUGACGUAUGGUGAUUUUGGGAACUCGUAUCAGAUGCUCCCAUCGUAUUUGUAUAUGCUGAGAAUGAGUAAUCCCGGCACAUUAUACGACCUUGAGAUGAAGGAUGAUGGCAAGUUCCAUCAUAUGUUUGUUGCACUUGGACAGAGCGUGGCUGCCUUUGAGAAGGGUUACUUGAGGCCGGUCAUCGUCGUAGACGAGACCCAUCUGAAGGGAAGGAACGGCGGCAUUUUGUUCGUCGCUGUUACAAAGGAUGGGAACGAAGCAAUAUUUCCUCUCGCAGUUGGGCUUGGUCCUAUCGAGAACGACGAGUCUUGGACUUGGUUCUUCCACCGACUGCGGACUUGCUUUGGUCAGCCGGAUGAUCUCUUGAUUGUGUCUGAUCAGCACAAGAGCAUCAGAAAUGCUGUGGAGUGUGUCUACCCGAACGUCCCUCACGGGUUGUGCUAUUACCAUAUCCAGAAGAAUCUCGCGCAUUAUGGGCAGCAUGUAGCUGCAGUCUUCAAAGCAGCGGCAUAUUCCUAUCGAUCAGACGAUUUUCAAAGGAAUUUUUCUGCGCUUCAAGUACUGAAAGUCAACGCGUACACACGCCUCGACACUAUUGGUGUGGAGAGAUGGGCCAGGUCCAAGUGCCCUGUACGACGCACGAGCUUCAUGACGUCGAAUGCUGCCGAGACGAUGAACAGUAGACUGUUGUGGGCACGACGCCUCCCGGUUGCUUCAUUGAUCGAGACCUAUCGAGCCAUUAUGGAGAAAUGGUUCGAUAGGCGACGCAUCUCGGCUGCAUCGAGGUCACAUGAGUUGACUGAGGUAGUAGAGGGAAAGUUGCAUGUGGUUGUCGAAGCGGGUCGGCAAUUGGCUGUUCGAGGGACGACGACGCACAUGUUUAGUGUUGAGGAUGAUCAUGCAUUCUACAUUGUCGAUCUCGAGAAUCGGACUUGUAGUUGUGCUCAGUUCGACCUGGAUGACAUUCCGUGUCGUCAUGCUUGUGCCGCUAUCCGGUGA